AUGAAGUCAACUACAGUGGCCGCCCUAGUGGCAGGCGUCCUCUCGGCAUCUUCGGAAGCGCUGACUCUGCGGGAAAGGAGUACGGUGCCGUCUAGGGUGGUUGGAAUGGACGUGCAAAGGAAAAAGGUGUCCGACCCGGUAAAUCGAGACCGUUUACGGAGGAGAGGCACAGCCCAAGCCUCUCUGGAUAACGAGGAAACACUAUAUUUCGUGAAUGCCACAGUCGGCACACCAAGCCAGUCGGUUAGGCUCCAUCUCGAUACUGGUAGCAGCGAUCUUUGGCUCAAUACACCAAGCUCGUCAUUAUGCCUCGGGAGGUCAAAGCCGUGUUCAUUUGCGGGAACCUACUCCGCGAACUCAUCAUCCACAUACCAGUACGUUGGGAGUUGGUUCAACAUAUCUUAUGUAGAUGGAUCCGGCGCCAGUGGAGAUUAUGUGUCAGACACGGUCACUAUCGGAAGCACUAAGGUGGACAACCUUCAGUUUGGUAUUGGAUAUAAGAGCUCGUCAGCGCAGGGCAUCUUGGGAGUGGGCUAUCCGAUCAAUGAGGUACAGGUUGGCAGAGCGAACAAGGACCCCUACGACAAUCUUCCGGCCAAGUUGGUGUCCGACGGAGCUAUCCAGUCUAACGCGUACAGCCUGUGGCUCAACGACCUGGACGCAAGCACUGGAAGCAUCUUGUUUGGAGGAGUGGACACGGCGCAGUACACCGGAUCAUUGGAAACAUUGCCCAUUCAGGCAUCUGGAGGCGUUUAUUCCGAAUUCAUGAUCACCCUCACCAGCGUGAUGCUGGAUGGUUCUUCCAUUGCCACGGAUCAGGCGUUAGCCGUUCUGUUGGAUUCCGGCUCGUCUUUAACUUACCUGCCGGACGCUUGGGUCGAACAGAUCUACACCCUCACCAAUGCAACCUACGAUGCUAGCGAAGGCGCCGCCUACGUUCCAUGCUCGCUAGCCCAGGACACGAGAACUCUGGACUUUACCUUCUCAUCGCCGACGAUCAAGGUGGACAUGAACGAGCUGGUGUUGGAUCUCAUCACCACAAGCGGGAAACGCCCGACUUUUUCGAAUGGAGUGACUGCGUGUCUCUUCGGAAUCGCACCAGCCGGGUCGGGCACGAAUGUCCUGGGUGACACAUUCCUCCGGUCUGCCUACGUGGUCUACGACAUUGCCAACAACGAAAUUUCCAUCGCGCAAACCAACUUCAACGCAACGGAGUCGAACGUCCUGGAAAUCAGUACUGGUACCAGCGCGGUCCCGGAUGCCACCGCCGUUGCCAAUGCCGUUGCGGCGACCGCUGGUAUUUCGACCAGCUCUGGUACCAGCGGGCUCGGAGUCGAUGAUUCAAGUGCCGCGAUGCCAUCCUCAACAUCAUCAUUGACACUGCUCAUCGUACUUGUCGGCGUAGGUGCCGUGUUUACACUGCUGUAA